UGAGAACAGCGUUAGAAAUAAAGGACAUCAAGGGAUAAAAAGAGGAAGAUGGAGAAACAAAACUGUAAGAAGAGACAGCUGAUGGGAUCGUCCUCCCUCUGCACAUCAGAGAAGAAACAAGCCAAGAGACAAAACUGCCCCAAAUCGUCUGCAGAACAAAAUGAAUCUCAACUUCCUGUUACAUGUGGUUAUAAAGAGGGCUUCUUGCAUUUGAAGAAAUAUAAUAACAAACAGGAGUGCAUCUUCAGUGAAGGCCAGUGGUUCAAGCCCACUGAGUUCGAGAGGUUUGGGAUGAUGGACAGGAACAAAAAGUGGAAAAUCAGCAUCCUUAGCAAUGGGAUUCCACUCCAGAAACUCAUAGAGGAUGGUUUUCUUACAUCUAAAAACUUUGUGAAAAGAAAGGUUCAGGACGCACAGAAGAAAAUAAACCCUGUGGGUUUGGAAAAACAGGAAUCAGAUGAGAAGGAAAAUCAAGAUGAUGAUGAUGAUGGUAUUGACAUGAGCGUGUUUGAACGUCCUACCCUACCUGUUACCUGCGGUUCUGGCUCUGGCAUCCUAUACAAAUGUCGCUUUGCCACAGGUCGUUGUGGGAGAUGCAUAAGAACAGAGAACUCCUGGCUGAGCCCAGGGGAUUUCAUCAGAUUGAACAAACCAGAUGGAACAUGGAGGAAAGACAUUGUUACCCAUGGAAUGCCCCUUGGAAAACUUAUAACGAAAAGAGUUUUGGAACCACAUACAGUCGACUGUGAUCAAGAAGACCCACAGAAUGAUGACGUGUGUUUCGUGUGUGACUCUGAGGGAGAUCUGGUUUGUUGUGACGAAUGUCCACGAGCUUUUCAUUCACACUGUCACCUACCAGCUGUAGAUGGAGACUCACCUGGCCAGUGGAGCUGCACAAUUUGUGUGAUAAAGAAUAUGAAGGAUUCCAGUCAAAAGACCCAACAGGAAGUUUUGAGCAGUCCGGUCUCUCAGUACACACAGCACUGCCAGUGUUUGCUGUUACACCUGCUACAUGAGAGCAUGACUGACCCCUGUACUAAUGUUCCAAGAUACAGUGAGAGCAUUUGUGGUCCUAUGAUGCUGGGCAGAGUGAAGUUGAACCUGGAGAAUAAUGAUUAUCAAACAGUGCAAAAGUUUGUCUCUGAUAUCGAAUACGUUUUUCACCAAUGGACUUCCAACAGGGAUAAUGACUUCAGUAGAAUGACCUCUAGGCUAAAGGAACUUUUUGAAACCAUCUUUAGACUCCUAUAACAUCACGCCUUAACAAGAGGUCCUUCGACGUGACAUUUGUGUGAAGGCUAUUGUACAAUUUAGACUUCAUAAAAAUAUUGUGCAGUUGUGAACAAUCAUUAUUAAUUUGUGAAUGUGUUUCUCUCACUUGUGAGCUUAUAUGAUACUAUGUAAGCUUGUUUCAACAAAUAUCUAAUAUAUCUUGAAAUGUA